CCCACUUGGAGCUGGCCGGUGGGUCUCCCGGCCCCAGCUGCACUCCAGCCCUCGUUCAUCACCCACCGGCGACUGGGCCCCUGUGGGCUCGUUCCUGACCCGAGUGACGGCACAGCCGCCCACACAGAGUUGCUGAUGCAGACAGACGUGCCUAGAGCGCACCUGGCGGGGGCCCAGGGCUAGGAAGCAGGGCCCGAUGGUCCUUCCGGACUCGGGGGCCGUGUCCCCCCUUCCCCAGAGGGGGGCCGGGGUGAAGAGGGCUAACUGACGGCUGUCCCUCUCCACCCAGAGUGCAACAAUGCUCAUCUCUGCUGCCUCGAUGCCCCCUGACGCGGCGGGCCUGUGCCUCCAGGGGCCCCCGGCGCCCCCACCGCCCCUGCUGCCGAAACCCCGGAAGGACAACCUGGUCCUGCAGAAGCUUCUGAGGAAGGCGGCCCGGAAAAAGGGGGCCGGGGGCGGGCCCUCAGCCCCCACAGGGGCUUUCCGCACCUCCCUGUCCCCCGUGAGCGAGGCCAGCCACGACCAAGAGGCCACAGCCCCACACCCCGCCCAGGCCCCGCACAUGGCGGCCACCCUGCCCCGCGCCCCCCGUGCCCCCGUCACCCACCGUGCGCCAUCCCCCCUGCAGAAGUCCACGCUCGCCCUCAGCUUCCCCCCGCACAGGAGCCGAGCCUCUCCCCUCACGGUCCCGGGGCCCCCGCUCACAACCCCGGCCCCGGCCCGGGGACCCAGCGGCUUUGCCCGUGUCUCAGCACCCGCCGUGGGGGACACCCACAUCAGCCGGGUACACAUCCAGCUGGUGCCCUCCCCAGGGGCCGGGGCCCCUGAGCCGCCCCCGAUGGCCCCUGAUGGGGGGUCUGGCGGGCAGGACCGAGACACAGCCCCCUGCCCUCCUGGAGCCCAGCCCCUGGUCCCGGUCGCCCACAUCCGCCCUCUUCCUACUGGGGCCCAGGCGGCCAAGCCCUGGCCGGAGGCGCCCCCUGUGCCCAGGCCGCCCCCCGGCUUCCUGGCUGCGGGGCCCAGACAGGCCAACACCCGGGUGGUGGUGCCCAUAGCACCCACCUGUCGCUCGCCGGGGCCCUCGCCUGCCAGGCCAGCCCCUGCGGCCCCCGAGGCUGAGCACCUGGAGGAGCCACCCACUGCUGGCCCCGCCGCGGAGGCCCAGCAGGUCUCCAGCCCUCAAGGGGCCUGGUCCCCCGCCUCGGCCUCAGGCCCCCACCCCGGCCCUGUCCCCAAAGUUGCACCCAAGCCCCGGCUCAGUGGGUGGAUGCGCCUCAAGAAGCAGCUGAUGGAGGAGGUGGAGGAGGCCCCCGACCCGGCCCCCCGGCCUCCCACCGACCCGGCCCUCCGACCUCCCGUGGACUUGGCCCCUCAGUCCCCCGUGGACCCGGCGCCCCAGCCCACCUCGAACCCGGCGCCCCGGCCCCCUGCCUCCCGGGCCUCCAAGCUGUGGGACGCGGUUCUGUACCGCAUGUCGGUGGCCGAGUCCCACAACAGCCAGGCGGGGCCUGGGGAUGGGGUGUGCGCCCUGCCCAGCCAGGGCCGCCUGCCCUUUCUGUGCCGACCCCGCUUCAAUGCCCGGAAGCUGCAGGAGGUGGCCACCCGGCCCCCUCCCACAAUCCACUCCGUCCUGGAGCUCAGCCCCGCGCCCAAGAACUUCAACCGCACGGCGGCUGGCUGGAGGCUCCGGUGAAGGGCCGGCCGGGGCGGCCCCUGGGCCUAGGACCACGAUGGACCGGAGGGGCCACAGCCAGUGAAGAGGCUGCAUGGACCUGGGAAGGGCCAGCGGGGGGCUGCGGGAGCCCUGGGCGGCAGGGCUGUCAGGAGGGACAGGGGCACGAGGAUGGGGGAAGUGGACGAGGCUGGAGCAGGGGGUAGGGAGGAGGUGGUUUUCAUGUGUGGAGGGCAGGGGCUCAGGGUAGGAAGGAAGGGGCCCAAGUCCUCGUGAGGCAGGAGUUGGGCAGGCUGACCUCGCACCUAGUGCCUGCCCGGGUCUCCUGGGAGGCAGGGAGUGAGGGAGGAGGGCCACAGGUUGGGCGACCCACGGCGGUGGAUGGGAGAGGGACACAGAGGGACCUGGGGAGGCCUC